GGCCGGCCUGGGGCAGACCGUUGCUCGCUGCGGAUGCCCUGGGGUGGGGACGAAAGCGGUUCGUCCUUUAAUCCCCCGCGCGAGGGCCAUCCCGCCGGCAAGCAGCCUUGAGGUUUUCUGGAGGAUUUUCCUUGCACUCGUUGCAUCUCCCCCCAGUGCAGCCGAGCGCCCACCAGAGAGGUACCGGGAGGGGAGGGAGAAGCGAUCGCAGGAAAACCUCAGCCGUCUCCUGACUGUGACCGAGCGCAGGACAAAGAGGCAGCUGUGCAACUUCCUAACGUGUAAUCUUGCUUGCUGGAUUUGGGCAAUAUGGCAGGCAUCCUGCGUACAGUUGUUACUAAUUUCUCCGAACCCCUUUUCAACAAUGUGAUAUGCCAUAAGGUGAAGAUUGCGAAGGUGCCAAGCUUGCGGACAUUCCUUACCCACCAGGUUCUCUGGUGUAAAGCAGCUAUCAAACCAGGUAUUCCAUAUAAGGAACUGAGUAUAGGUGUUCCAAAGGAGAUCUUUCAAAAUGAGAAAAGGAUUGCCUUGUCACCAGCUGGAGUUCAAGCACUGGUUAAGCAGGGUUUUAAUGUUAUUGUGGAGUCAAAUGCAGGAGAGACGGCUAAGUUCUCUGAUGACCACUAUAGACAGGCUGGGGCACGGAUUCAGGGCACCAGGGAAGUACUGGCUUCUGACAUAGUUCUCAAGGUGAGGGCUCCAAUGUUUAAUUCUGUACUUGGUGUCCACGAGAUUGAGCUUUUAAAAUCACAUAGUACUCUGAUCAGUUUUAUCUAUCCAGCUCAAAACCCAGAUCUGCUGAACAAAUUAGCAGAAAAAAACACCACCGUCUUGGCUAUGGAUCAGGUUCCACGUGUGACCAUUGCUCAGGGAUAUGAUGCUCUCAGCUCUAUGGCCAACAUUGCUGGUUACAAGGCAGUUGUACUUGCAGCUAAUCAUUUUGGUUGCUUUUUCACCGGUCAGAUCACGGCAGCAGGCAAAGUUCCUCCAGCUAAGGUUCUGAUCAUUGGAGGUGGAGUUGCUGGAUUAGCAUCUGCAGGAACAGCUAAAUCAAUGGGAGCUGUAGUUCGUGGAUUUGAUACCAGAGCUGCUGCAUUAGAACAAUUUAAAUCAUUGGGUGCUGAGCCUUUGGAAGUUGACAUGAAGGAAUCUGGGGAAGGCCAAGGAGGAUAUGCAAAAGAGAUGUCCAAAGAAUUUAUUGAAGCUGAAAUGAAACUCUUUGCUAAACAGUGUGAAGAAGUUGAUAUCAUUAUUACAACAGCACUUAUUCCCGGUAAAAAAGCUCCGAUCCUCUUUCGAAAAGAUAUGAUUGAAUUGAUGAAGGAAGGGUCAGUAGUUGUAGAUCUAGCUGCUGAAGCAGGGGGAAAUAUUGAAACUACGAAGCCAGAUGAACUCUAUGUUCACAAGGGGAUCACGCAUAUAGGUUACACAGACCUGCCCAGCAGAAUGGCAACCCAAGCUAGUACCUUGUAUUCAAAUAACAUCACAAAGCUCUUGAAAGCCAUCAGCCCAGAUAAAGAAAACUUUUAUUUUAACAUAAAGGAUGAAUUUGAUUAUGGUACUCUUGACCACGUUGUUAGAGGAACAGUGGUAAUAAAGGAUGGGAAAGUGAUUUUCCCAGCACCACCUCCUAAGAACAUUCCUCAGGCAGCACCUGUGAAGCAGAAGACAGUAGCAGAGCUAGAAGCAGAGAAAGCUGCUACUAUUACACCUUUUAGGAAAACAAUGACCUCUGCUUCUGCCUAUACAGCAGGAAUUGCUGGCGUGCUUGGGCUGGGUAUUGCCUCUCCCAAUUCAGCUUUCACUCAGAUGGUGACAACCUUUGGUUUGGCUGGGAUUGUUGGAUACCAUACUGUAUGGGGUGUGACUCCUGCACUCCAUUCACCACUCAUGUCAGUGACUAAUGCCAUCUCAGGACUGACUGCUGUUGGCGGAUUAGCACUGAUGGGAGGGCAAUACUUACCUGGAACUCUACCUCAGGGCCUUGCUGUUCUUGCUGCUUUUAUUUCCUCUAUCAAUAUUGCAGGUGGUUUUCUGAUCACUCAGAGAAUGCUGGAUAUGUUCAAGCGCCCUACUGACCCUCCUGAAUUCAACUAUUUAUAUUUGUUGCCUGCUGCUUUGUUUAUAGGAGGAUAUGGAACAGCACUGCAAAGUGGUUAUAACAUUGAACAGAUGAUGUACCUGGGUUCAGGAUUGUGCUGUGUUGGUGCUCUGGCUGGCCUUUCUACCCAAGGAACAGCUCGACUUGGCAAUGCUUUGGGUAUGAUAGGUGUUGCUGGAGGUUUGGCAGCUACCCUGGGAAGUCUAAAACCAUCCGUUGAGCUUCUGGCCCAGAUGUCGGGUGCGAUGGCCCUUGGUGGCACCAUAGGUCUGACAAUUGCUAAACGUAUCCAGAUUUCAGAUUUACCUCAGCUAGUGGCUGCUUUCCAUAGCUUGGUUGGCUUGGCUGCUGUUCUCACUUGUGUAGCAGAGUACAUGAUUGAAUUUCCCCAUUUUGCAACUGAUCCAGCUGCAAGCCUCACAAAAAUUGUGGCCUAUCUUGGCACAUACAUAGGAGGUGUAACCUUUAGUGGCUCUCUUGUUGCUUAUGGAAAACUACAGGGUAUACUGAAUUCUGCUGCACUCCUCUUACCAGGACGACAUUUACUGAAUGCUGGUUUGUUAACAUUAAGCAUAGGUGGAAUGGUUCCGUACAUGAUGGAUCCAAGUUACACAACAGGGUUGACUUGCUUAGGAUCUGUGUCUGCCCUGUCUGCUGUAAUGGGAGUUACUCUGACAGCAGCCAUUGGGGGGGCUGACAUGCCGGUUGUUAUUACUGUCUUAAACAGCUAUUCCGGCUGGGCACUCUGUGCUGAAGGAUUCCUGCUUAACAACAAUUUAUUAACCAUUGUGGGUGCCCUGAUUGGUUUUUCUGGUGCCAUCCUGUCUCAUAUCAUGUGUGUGGCUAUGAAUCGCUCUCUUGUUAAUGUGAUUCUUGGAGGAUAUGGUACUACUUCAACUGCUGGUGGGAAGCCAAUGGAAAUUACUGGCACUCAUACAGAAGUGAAUAUGGACAGUGCAGUUGAUAUGAUAAAGGAAGCCAAUAACAUCAUAAUCACUCCAGGUUAUGGCCUCUGUGCAGCAAAGGCUCAGUAUCCAAUUGCUGAUUUAGUGAGAAUGCUGAAGGAAAGAGGCAAGAAAGUCAGGUUUGGUAUUCAUCCUGUGGCAGGUCGUAUGCCUGGACAACUGAACGUAUUGCUUGCAGAAGCUGGUGUACCAUAUGACAUUGUUCUAGAAAUGGAUGAAAUUAAUGAAGAUUUUCCAGAAACGGAUCUGGUCCUUGUCAUUGGAGCUAAUGAUACGGUUAAUUCAGCUGCCCAAGAAGAUCCAAAUUCUAUCAUUGCUGGAAUGCCUGUUCUUGAAGUUUGGAAGGCAAAGCAGGUGAUUGUGAUGAAGAGAUCUCUAGGUGUUGGAUAUGCAGCUGUUGACAACCCCAUCUUUUACAAGCCCAACACUGCCAUGCUUCUAGGGGAUGCUAAGAAGACUUGUGAUGGUCUGCAGGCCAAAAUGAGGGAGUUAUACCAGAAUUAAAUAUUAAAAUAUACUCUUUGGCCAGUAUGAACAAAAAAAAAAAAUCUAAAAAGUGUUAUGUAUCCACGUUAAAAGAUAAAGGUUAGCAAGUGUUCUUGAAAUGAAGUUCUAAAAAAAAAAAAAAAGAGAGAGGAACAUUAAGGUCCAGAAAUGCACAGGGUUUUUUUUACAAAAGAGCAGGAAAAACAAAAAGCAAAACAUUAAAACAUUGACGUGAACAUUCUUGAGCAGAUCAGAACCUGGAAUACAUACAGCUGAAUGCAGUCUAUUUUAGAGGAAUUUUCCUUUGGCAACCACAAUCUAACACAAUGAGACUCAGGAAUUUGGAGAAUCUAUUUUAUGUGACAUAAGAUAUAAGGAAAACAACCAUUAAAAGUUUUGUGGCUUCAGAGUUUGUUAAUGAUUCCCAGUAAACAAUUUGCUAAUCAAAAUUUCAGAUCCUGAACAGGAUAUUGAUCAGCCCCACUACGUAGACCAGAUCUGGGAAUUAGCUUUGCAGGAAGACUUACUUUGAGAAUGGCUGUAAUAACAGAAUCGUGUGUAUCUGAUUGUGCUGCACCUCCUCUUCCUUCUUACACUUCAGUGAAUUAGGGAGGCAUCUGCCUGAGCCACUUUUGAAUGUUAUCUUCUUGUUGUGGACUUAAAAAAAAAUGCUUCAAUCCCUUUUGCUUAAGUAAUGGUUUCUGCAUAUCUCUGUCAAAGCCAUCUUCCUUAUCUCUACAGUAUUUUAUGAGCAUCUACUUAUAUGAUUCUAAACAACAAUGAUGAUAAAGUUGGUAAUGAUGAUGAUGAUGGCCACUUUUGAAAUGUAUUUUGAUACAUUCAUAGUACAUUUAAUGUAUUUACAGAAGCUGUUAAACAUAUGUUGACUAUAAAAUGAAAUUUCAGACUCUUGGAAAUACCUUUUAAAUUCAUAAUUUAUUUGUGCAGAUAUGCUAAACCAGUCACCUCUGACAAACACACACAUGUACACAAUCUCACACACAAAAUUCAGAUGACUGAUCUUCCUUUUACUUUAAAUAAUACAACUGUUGGAAGCUUCAGUAUAGUGAUAAAUAGAUUUUUUAGUGGCUUCCAACACAGUCUUGAAUAUGUUUAGUGCACUUGAGUGAAACUCAGAUGUAAAUGAAAUGAAUUUGUCAUGUUUGCAUAAUGAUGUAGCAAGCAUCUGUAGUGACAGAGGCAAAAUAAAUAGCUGUAACUGUGUUAGAAAGCCUUAACAUCUGGGCAAAACAGCCUACUAUGAAGUGAGUUAAACUUAGCCCAACUUGACUGUUUAUAAAUCCUGAUUUUAUCAUUGGGCUUAUGACCUCUUAAUAGCAAAUGAAAAUUAUACCCAUUUAGCUACCUCCUGUCUUCAUAUGUUGAGCUUCCUCUAUGUGGAAUAUCAACUUAUAACAGUGAACUAAAUCCAGUUUGAGCUUCCAGAUCCACAGAAUCAAGAGAAAAUAAAUGUUUUUAAUGAAAUUCCAUUUGUUUUAGUAGAACUUUUCAGAAAAAGCACUCAGCUAGAUGAUGUUCAGUGUUUCUCUUUUUUAAUUCUGUCCUUUUUUAGCUGCUUAGCAAAAACUAAUAGUGAAACAUCAGUAGAUUAUUCUGCUAUAUAAGGAAACUUGAGCCACAACAGGGCAGCCCUGUUAUAGCAAGAUUUGUUUCGGGACCUUACUUUCAUUGCAUUGGUGCUAUACAUUUCUAUGUACAGCCUGCAUGCAAAUGUGACCUAGAAAAAGAGCAUCAGUGAAAUUAGCCUUGGAUUAUUUAAUGCUGCCUUAAAGCUGUAGCCUUUGUCUUGUUUUAAUAUAUUGUUUUAAUUUGAAGAUACGCAAACCAUUUCUAAGAAAAUGCAAAUUACAAUUGCAAUGUUAGAAUUGGGUUUAUAUUAUGUAACAGGAGAGAAUUAUUUAAAUAAAAAAGUGAACAAAAUAUCUAUUCUGCAAAA